CGGGUCACGGCUUCCGCUUCGCCGCCUCCGCCCCUGGAAAGCAAAUUUCUAGGGUUCCCUUCUCCUCUCACGGAAAGCAAAAAUCCACGGGGGAUCAGGAGCUUCUCCCCCGCCUCCUCCGGCGCCACCUCGCCAGCCUGAUUUGCAGGGACAGCGCGUGGGAGUCUGCGUCGACAGUUCCUUGACAGUGAACUGGCUGUCCGUCUCGAUGAUUACAUGGCCAUUUGAAAUCUUGGCCAGCUCCUGGAGGCCGACAAGGACGGUUCUGGCCUCGGCCUCUUCCACGCUACUGCAGAAUGGCAGUUUUUUGCAGCAAGAGAAGAGUACACAGCCCCUGAAAUCACGGGCAACAGCACCAGUGGAACUUUCACCUGUUUCGGACAAAUAAGCCGCAUCAGCGUUGAGUUUGACAGUUCCUUGCGUUGGAGGGUUCCACUUUAUGUCCUGGGCAGGUGGCAAUCCCGGCGUGGUCACCUCCCUGACACAGAGUAGUCCAUGUCUUCAAGGGCAAGAGGACGUGCACGUCGUGGCCGGGGCCGGGGCCGUGGCAGAUGUUCUGUGGCAGAAUAUGAAAUGGAUCAUCAUGAAACAUCUGCGCCUUCUUCGCCGAGUACCACUUCUGAUAGAGAGGACAAUGUUGGUUUCACUCCCGAACAAGUCCAUGUUGCUUGUUAUGCAGGGCCUGCAGAGCCUUCAUCCAGUACACUACUCAAUCCUAAGAUUAACCACCGUUCGGAUGCAAUUUUUGGCGAUCAGGCCCUGGAGCAGUUGAAGUUGCGUCACCACAAACCCUUGAAAUUUCAUGAGAGGUAUCGUCCUUAUUUGAGGGAUGCUGGAUUGCUUGGUCUCUCACAAAUCUGCCAGAGAAUGCCUCAAUUGGACAAAGCCUUGAUUACUGCUCUUGUUGAGCGUUGGAGGCCAGAGACCCACAGCUUUCACUUGGCUUCUGGGGAGAUGACAGUUACGCUUCAAGAUGUUGCCAUGUUGUUUGCUCUUCCUAUUGACGGCCGACCGGUUUGUUCUAGUACUGAUCAUGAUUAUGGGCAGAUGGUCCUUGAUUGUCUAGGUCAUGAUCCAAGAGUUCAAUCAAUGCCUGGAAAAUCCUUCUUGCAUUACAAAUGGCUGAAGAAGCACUUCUAUGAGUUACCAGAAGGGGCGGAUGAUCAUACGGUACAGAGGCAUGUUCGAGCAUACAUCCUGAGCCUUUUAUGUGGAGUGCUCUUUCCAGACGGGACAGGAAGGAUGAGUCUGAUAUAUCUUCCAUUGAUUGCUGAUCUUUCUCUUGUUGGAACAUACAGCUGGGGUUCCGCAGCCCUCGCAUUCCUCUACCGAGCUCUUUGCUCUGCUGCCUCCUCCCACAACAUGAAGAAUAUAGGUGGUUCAUUGCUUCUCUUGCAGCUUUGGAGUUGGGAGCACUCUCAUGUUGGCAGGCCAUUGGCUCGAUCUUCCUCAGUCGCGGAGACAGACAUCCCACAGGACUUGCCCCCAAUUGGCUUCCGUUGGGUGGGUGCUCGCGCACAAAGUGAGAAUGCUACCCGCUGUCUUAAGCAGUACAGGGAUGAGCUAAAUCUGCAGCGAGCAGAUCAGUUGAAAUGGGAACCAUACAUGCUCAUUGAGUCCUCGAGCUUACCACCACUUUGUACAAAAGAUGCUGACCUGUGGAUUACUCAAGCACCAUUAAUAAAUUUUCCUAUUGUUGAGAUGUAUCUGCCUGAGCGAGUGAUGCGGCAAUUCGGGCUUCGUCAAUGCAUUCCGCCACCUUUUCGACCUACCCUACAGACAUUACAUCGUAUUAGCCGACGUGGUAGAGAGCGUGAAAAUUGGGAAGAGACACAUCAUGAGUAUAUUCAGGAAUGGGAAGCACGGCGACAGCGCAUAUUUCGGGAGACUGAGCAGUUUGAUUUGUCAUCUUAUGACGAGUAUCUGCAGUGGUACUCUGGAGCUACACGGCGAUAUCUUGUGCCAUCGACCGGUGAUGAUGCUGAAGCAGGACUUUUAUCCCCACCCGAUGAUUCUUCCGAUCUUCAGUACAAAGCCAAGUCUCCUAUGAUCCGUAAAGCGGUUGAUAAGCUGCAUGGUAUGAUGAAGAAGGCCAAGACAGCCAUGGCAUCCACGGCUGAUACGGCCACACAAGCCUUAGUGUUUGAAUUUCUGCAUGGCUUUGAAGAUGUCCUCAGUGAUCUUGGUGAGAUCAAGGAAAGGGGUGGCCCAGAGGCUCCACCUUUUGAUUCAGUCACCGGCUCACAUUGUGGCUCUGCUGCUCCCCAUCAUGAGUCUCUACUUUUGCUUGAAGCUGAACAGAACAUUAUAUGUGACAAUCAAGAGGGUGAAUACCUGGAAGAUGAGGACCUUCACACGGUGGAGCAGGCUACGUUGGGCUUUGAACCUAUGGGUGGGGAAAACCACCGCGUCGACAGUUUGCUACUGGACGUGCACGAAAACUGUGACUCGGCUUCAUUGGCCAUUGAGAACUGUGAGGCAGAAGACUUUGAUAUUCCACAGCACACUGAGGAUGUUGAUCAAGCUGGACAUGCUGCCGAAAUGGAACAUGGUGUAGAGGUGGUGGAACCCAUGUCCACAUGUGAGGAAAACAAUGGUUUCGAUGUUGCGCCCUCUCCUCCACAAGAGAGCGCCGAUGUCAAACUGGAAGGUGAUGAUGUAGCGACGGCAGAACACGAAGACGCGGAGGAGGAAGACGACAGCGGCUGCGCCCCUUCCUCACACCCAUAGUUGAUCUGUCUCAAAGUCAGAGAGGAAAAGAGACAUGAUGCCGAUUCCAGCUUCUUCAUGUCCAGAUAUGUAGGGAUUAGAAUGUAGUUGAUGCCGCUUUCGGGAGUCUGCCGUGAUUGGUGUUUCAUUUUUGCUGACAUUAUUGGGCUUGUUAUGCAGCAUGAUUUGUCGCUGGGACAAAUAGCUUCUUGAUGUGAUUCAAUCCAUUAUUUGUUUAUCACUCUACUACUCCUCUGUAUAAUGAUCUGAGCGCUCUUAUAUUUCUUUA